UCCGCCAACGGGGAGAUGGACGAAGCGAAGCGGCUCCACGCGCGCCUGCUCCGCCGCGGCGAGCGCCGCCUGCAGCCGCUGCUCCUCCGCGUGCUCGCCGCCGGCGACCUCCGCUACGCCGCGCUCCUGCUCGAGUCCUUCCCUUCGUCUCCUCCCUCCGCACCGCUCCACAACCGCCUCCUCCACGCCCUCGCCUCCGCCCGCCACCCGCUGCUGCUCCCCUUCUUCUCCCGCACCCACCGCCUCCGCCUCCUCACCCCGCUCUCCUUCACCCUGCUCUUCUCCUCCUCCGCCGUCGCAUCCUCCUCGUCCACGCGUUUCGCGGUGUGCGCCCACGCCUUGCUGAUCAAGUUCGGCCAGUUCGCGUCCGCCGGCGACCCGUUCCUCGCCUCCGCGCUCGUCUCCUUCUACGCCAAGAACCGCCUCCUAGCUGAAGCCAGGCGGGUGUUCGACGAGUUGCCCCGGAGGGACGCAGCGGUGUACAAUGCGCUGCUCUCGGCGUACACAAGGGGUGGGCUCAUCGACACCGCGGAGAAGCUGUUCGAGGAAAUGCCUGAGAAGAAUGUGGUUUCUUGGACCGCGAUGGUGUCUGGUUACGCGCAGAACGGGAAGCACGAGCAAGCAGUAGAGACGUUCUUGGAGAUGUGGGAGAAGGAAGGUGUGCGACCAAAUGAGCUCACAGUGAGCAGUGUACUGCCUGCGUGCGCGGCUGUUGGGGCGAUGGAGCUGGGAAGGAAGGUGGAGAAGUACGCAAGGGGUAAGGGCCUUCUGAAGAACAUAUAUGUGGCGAAUGCAUUGGUCGAGAUGUAUGCCAAGUGUGGGAGCAUUCAACGAGCUUGGAAGGUGUUUCAAGGCAUCGGACAGCGAAGGGAUCUUUGUUCUUGGAACUCAAUGGUCAUGGCAUUUGCUGUGCAUGGCCUGUGGAGGGAGGCGCUGGUCUUGUUUCAUAAGUUGAGGAUGGCAGGGGUUAAACCAGAUGGCAUUACAUUGCUUGGAGUCAUUUUGGCCUGUACUCAUGGAGGCUUGGUGGAUGAAGGCAAGCUGCUCUUCAACUCAAUUAGAGAAGAGUUCGGUCUUAUGCCAAGAAUUGAGCACUAUGGUUGCAUGGUUGACCUGCUGGGGCGUGCCGGUCUCUUAAAAGAAGCUGAGAAUCUGAUAUUGAGCAUGCCAGUGGAGCCUGAUGCCAUAAUCUGGGGAGCCUUGCUUGGAGCUUGCAGCUUCCAUGGCAACAUUGAACUAGCAGAAAUAGCAGUGGACAAAUUAAUGUGUCUGGAACCGCAAAACACAGCAAACCUAGUGAUCCUUUCAAACAUAUACGCGUCUUGUGGAAAAUGGGACGGUGUUGCCCAGGUCUGGAAGUUACUGAGGGAAAAAGAUCACAAGAAAUCAGCUGGGUACAGUUUUAUUGAGUUAGAUGGCAGGAUGCAUAAGUUCCUGGUUGAGGAUAAGUCACAUCCAAGAUAUGAGGAGGUAUAUGAAACCCUGGAUAGCAUCACACUUGCCAUGAAGCUUGUCGACUUGGAAAAUUCAGAAGAAGAGAAAGGCUUAUUUUUUUCCAUCACCACCUUAUCUUUUUUUGAGCCACCUAGAUAUGGGAAGAAAGUGCAAUAAAGUCACUUGAGAUUGAUUGCGGGCUUCUUGCUCUGAUCGUCCGUAUCAAAUUGAACUGCAAAGGGAUACAUCAAGGAGGCAAACAGAGGAUGUGACAUAAGCAGAUUCUCUUCUACUACCAAAUGGCUGUUUCUCUUGUGCUUAAUAUCCGGAUGUGCAAGAGUACCAGGCAGGAAAAAAACAUGUAAUUGCAUGACAUCCCCCAAGCAGCUCACCAUGGAAGAUGCUAGAGGAAACUCUCAAACUAUGGUCUACGCAUGAGAUUGCUUGGAAGUAUGAUGCAGGAAUUAUGGAUGUCAUAAGCAUGAUGCAGGAAUUAUGGAUGUCAUCUUUGUGCCCAUCAUGUUUGCAUGGUUCCCCCUGUGUAGCACUUUUCAGCCGUGGUAUGGAGAUCACCCUCAUGUAUACUGGGCCUGGGGCAAACAUCAAACUGUCAAAUGGCAGAAAUAAGAAGCCACAUCCGCCCUCUACUUUCUUAAAAAUAGAGGAAUAUGCGCAACUGGUAUGUUGAGCAAAUAACUAUGUUUUGUGUUCUAUCUAUCGAUCUGGAUUCUGGAAUGAAAAUGACUGCUGCUUAAGGUGUGAACGCACCAGCACAAGCAAAGAGAAAGAUUUCCUCAGAUAGGACACUCCAGAUGGACACAGUGGCACUGGUCAAUGUUUCAGAUUGCCAUGUGAUUUGGAAAAACCAUUUGUCCAGGUUGUGCUCUGGAUCCUUGAUGACGCCUUGCAAUCAGGAGCUACCAAUCAGAUGCUUCUUCCUGUGGAGCUAGCAGUGUCAGAUGCCGAAUGGGAUAAGCUGGUCUUCUGAGCCAUAUAUCAUCAAUCAUUUGAUACAUGGAAGACUAAUGUAUGAAUAGUUAUCCAUUUCGGAGUCAGUACAAUUUAGGAUUACUGGCUCGUAUGGUUAAAUUGAGUAAGACAAGCUUCUGUUGGGCUAAUGACAUGCUGUGAAAGUCUAGCAUAGCCUUGAAAAUUGACAGUUCUUGUACCAAUCUGAUGGUAUCCAUAAAACAGUUACCAUGCAACACUGUUCUAUUGUAGUUAUCUCCAUGACUCCAUCAGCUAAUAGUAGAGAGUACAGUUCUUGCUUCUUUUCCAAAAUAAAUUAAGAAGAGGAAGCUGAAUCGAUUUGGCAACACCAA